AUGAGUUUCAACCUAGGCACACCAAUCAAUACGGCGCUCCUGCUGUACAUCCUCUACACUGUCCAGCGUAUUCUGUUCCCCUCGAAUGCUGUGCCGAAGACCGUGCCAAAUGAGUUCAAGGGCGGAUACUCUUGGAUGCCCAAAUCCCAUCCUCCGACACUACUCUUCCAAACGUAUACGCCGCGCACUCUUCAGCCAUUCAAUGGAGAGGAGGGCAAACGCAUUUUGCUCGGUAUCAACGGCAUCGUGUACGACGUGACUGCGGGGCGAAACUUCUACGGACCGAAUGGAAUGUAUGCGAACUUCGCCGGACGCGAUGCGUCCCGAGGCAUGGCGAAACAGUCUUUUGACGUUGAGAUGCUCACUCCAGUGGACCAGCCUUUGGAUAAGCUGGAUGACUUGAAUUCGGAAGAGAUCGAGAACAUGAGAGGCUGGAUGGAGCACUUUUCUGGAAAAUACAUCGUCUGCGGAAGACUCGUCGAAAAUGACGCCGUUUGAGAUGGCCUAUUACAGACCGUUUUCCGUCGAUGUCGACCAACUUGAAUUGAUAUCUGCUGUGUGCUCUGUGAUGUCCUAUUUCCGUUCUAUGUAGUCUUCUUGUACAACGUAUAACGUCGUGUGGAAUGGAUUGUGUUCUAGC